AGCAGCAGCACCCACCACAAAAACACACUGCUGCAGCCGAGAGAAGAGAUGAAGCAGAGUAGGUAGUCCUCUCUCUCGCUUACUGUGUAUGUAUACAUGUCUCUUCCUCCUGCGAGCUUUUGGAGCUGACCCGCGUCCUAGUCGUCCUCGGGAACAAAAACAAGUCCCAGUGCAAUAUUCAUACAUUACACAUGUGUAAGUGGAAAAAAACAUACAUGAGCGAAAGAAGAGUCGAGAGUCGAGCAGUGCCGUAGAAAAGUGUUAAAGUGGAAAGGAUAUCUAAACGGAAAACCAUCCAAAAGUAUAUAAUUAUCAAGGAAGAGAAGGAGGAUCGCGCGCGAGUCCUCCCCCCUCCGUGUGUGCGCGUAUACGUAUGUGAGUGUGUGUCCGCACCCUAAGUGAUAAUUAACAUACACGACGCUCGCUACAGUGAACCACAGGGGACAGAAGAAAAAAAAACGGAUCUCCGUCAGGAUGCAGCAGCAUCCGUGGCCCUUACGUGACAGCCGAGCCUUACUCUCGUUGUAGGCUCUCUCUGUCUGUCUAUUCAUUUCGGACAGCAGUGGCAGCAAGCUGGCCUUCUAGCGCGUUAUCCAGCCUGUCAAGGUGGUCGCGAUAGAUUAUAAGGACGCAGAGCUGGCGCUCUUGUUGCCAAAAGAGCUGCUCUCUCUCGCACGUCCGAUGAUAAUAAUAGUUAAAAAAUAGGUGUAGUGGUGCGCGAGUGCGCGGGGAGGCAGCGAGUCCGUGUGUAAUAUAAUCUUUCUCAAUAUUCUCGUCGUCGUCGUCAUCGUUGUGUAUAUAAAUAUAUAAUAAUAAUAUACCUCUCCUUCUGAUGUAUUAAAUUUUGUGUGUGCAGACAGUGCGUUUGUGUGCGUGUAAGAAGAAAGAGGAGUUUUGGAGCAGAGAGUAUAUACAUCACAACCAGCGGAGGACGUCUUGGUCGUACAAAAUACGCGUACGUAAAUUGUUGUGGAGGAGAAAAAGAGCAGUGAGUUGCUGGAGGAGGAGAAUAAGGAGAAAAAGAGGAGUAGCACAUCAUAAUACACAGAUAUUCGAAAGAGCAGGAGCCUGCCCGGAGGAGGGUAGGCUCUCUCCUGGGAUUCAACCAUGAGUUCGCGCAACAUCCCCGCGGACAAGAUAAACCUUCGCCUCAUCCUCGUUAGCGGUAAGACAAAAGAGUUCCUAUUCAGUCCGAGCGACUCCGCGGGGGACAUAGCCCAUCAUGUCUUCGAGAAUUGGCCGGAAGAUUGGACGGAAGAGGCGGUGGCCAAGGCGGAGAUCCUGCGGCUGAUAUACCAGGGCCGCUUUCUGCACAGCAACGUCACGCUCGGGGCGCUCGGGCUUCCAUUUGGAAAAACGACGGUGAUGCAUCUGGUGCCGCGGGAGAACCUGCCCGAGCCCAACUCUCAAGAUCAGAGGCAAAAGAGCAAAGGCGGAGGGAGCAGUUGCUGCGCGGCUUCCUGCUGCAUCCUGUAAACGCGGGAGGACGCGCUCGCAAGCGCGCGCGCACACACACACACAAACACAAGGACACUCAAAGACACGCGGGUCUCACACUCACUCUCUCUCUCUCUCUCUCUUCUGUGGCGAUGAAAUGUCAAGGGAGCAUCGUUGUGCAUGUGCUGGGCCUCCCCUUUGUAUUGUUUCGUUGUCAAAGUAUCGCGAGCCGGCAGGAGAGAGGGUGAGAGGGAAAAAACGAAGAAAAGUCGCAGCUCGACUGUAAUAUAUAUAUACGAAUACUUGUAUGAUACACGAUAUACCCGAUAUGGCCAUCUCGCAGCUUCUUCCGAACCUUGGCACUCCGGGGGUUUGUUUAGCGGCUGUGCUCGACGCCGUCUUCGGGGGAAGACCGACACGAGGCGGAUCAGCCCCCUAUAUACAUGCCAGCUUCCCUUCGUCUUUUCGUUGGUCCAUCGCUGAGAAACAUAUUAUUAAAAACAUAAGAGCAGAGAGAGAGAGAGAGAGAGAGAGAAAGAAUAAUCAUCGUUCGUAUAGUAUAAUUAUAGCGUGCGACGCUUUUGUGAUAAAACAGAACAAAAAAUGAAAAAAAGAAAUCGACGGUAUGCCGAUGAGUAGAAUCAGACGGGGCACGCUCGAUGAAUUGUCUCCGAUGUACAAGCCGUGUGUGGGCGAGAGCAGUGUAAUUGUUGUAAUUGUUGAUUUUGUUGUUGGUGACGACACGUGUGUGAUCGCGUUGUUUUUCCCCGAGAGGGUGCGAGAAGAAAAAAAACAAAAAAACAAAAAAACAAAAAAAAAUGUAUCAAAACGCGUGACAUCGCAUGUGUACAGAAGCCGCGAGCUGCUGCGCUACAAGUUAGCUAUACGAGGAACGAACGAAGAGGGAGGGAAAAGGCGCGUUGCCGCUACGGUUUUUCAUUAUCGUUACGUGUAUACUGCCGUACGCGGGCGAUUCGUAUAUAAUGUACAAAAGAAGAAACCGAAGAAAGCGCGAUGUACAUCUCCGUUCAUAAAUAUAGUGGUACACGCUAAGUUCCGCAUACAGAGAAUUGGGGCCUGGGGAAUCCCCGUGAACGAGCCGCGUAUUUUAAGAUCGUCGUAAUUGCGUUUGCUAUACAUACACACACGUGUACGACAUACACUCUGUAUCACAGGUGACAUAACAAUAAUAAUGACAAUGAUAAUUAUACCGGUAGCAGCAGGCGUCUGCUUUCGCCUCGCAACGCGCGCUUCUUCCGGUUUCUUCUUUUUUCCUCCACGAUUUCGAUCGAUCUCCCAUGCGCGCAACACGCUGCGAAGCCAGUCGUUUUCCGCCUACGCACGCAUCAUAUACACGUCGGCGUUCAUUCUCACCGUUUUUUUUUUUUUUUUUUUUUUUUUUCGCUCUCCACGCGCGCGCUUACUCGCCUCUGAUGCGCGUACCUCGAUCCCCCCCCCCUGUCAUUAUCGCACCUGUACCGAUGAUCCCCGAUUACUUGCGUGCGUAUACACAUGUAUACACUCCAUUGAGCGCUCAUUUAAGUUUACAGCAACGAAUCGCAGUGUGUACAUAAAUAUAUUAACGAUGAAAAUGACGAAAGAUGUAUUAUACGGAGAAGUGGGCACUCUCUCGCUUUGACACGGGGUACUACUAUAUUAUACAGGAGGGGACGGAAGUGUGUAUGUGUCAAGGCGUGCGAAAACUAAAAGUCGCGCUAUACUCGCGAACAGCACACACACACACACACACACACACACACACACACACACACAAGUAUGGUUGGCUCUCUAAUAAUUCACUCGUGCAAUUUUUGUCCGAGUUACCUUUGUGUUCUUUGGUUUUUGUGUUUUCAAGGGAGAAUCUUUGGGGGCUGCGGCUCUGCGAUCGUAUAUAUUGUAGACGCGUCAUGAUGAAGAUUAUAAUUUAAAACGCGACGAAUUUAUUUUCCGUUGCUCCGGUUGGAAAAUUUGUUUGUCUUUCUCACGAAAACUCCAAGUAUACCAAACUCUUGGAUGUGUGGUUUUGUACUGACAGUAUAUACAAUAUACGUUACUCAAUGUGUUGUCAUUGCUAUGUUGUCUUUAAUAUUAUUACACAUUAUUUGAUAUAGCGGUCGUUGAUUCAGUUCUAAACUGAACAAUAAUUUACCAAUAUUUUGCGUCCAGCGUGUUUUUUUAAAAUUAUUUUUCGAGCAUGAAAUUUAUAGUAAACCUUUUUUUGUGUUCUUACUUGUAAAGCCACCGAAAUUCUGCGUAUAGUUACGAGAGAAUAUUUAUCAUUAUUACAGCAGCGGAUUUUAUUUUAUUUUUUCUUUCACACAUAAUUUUAUUACUGUUUCACCGUCGAUGGAGUAGACGCAUCUUAUUGUUUCUUUUUUUCUUCUCACACAAGUUCACGCGUUAGUGAAAUUUUUUUUUUGCACUUGUUACAAGGUUGUACGCCGUGUUGUUGCUUGGCGCAAUAAAUGUUUGUGCAAUUUCGAUGUUAUGUUAAUUUUUAACCGAGUGCUAUUGUAAAAAAAAAAAAAAAAAAAUCGGGAGAACGUGGAUCAUCAGCAGAAUAAGGUUACCUACUCUCGAUGUGAAAAUUUCGAAAGACAAAAAUCAUUGUUCUUGAAUGCUGUGUAAUUAGUAAAACUCAAACAAUCCAUGUACCUCGGCUGAAACACGUGUGCGCGCACGAGCCCGAGACAUUUCGAAAUCAAUGAUUUUCGUAAGUGUCGGAGAACCACAUGUUUAAGCGGAACUCAAAAAAUGUGAGAAAGAGCAUGUGGGAACAAUAGGAUAAAAGAAGAAAAAGCAAGUGUCUAAUAAUUGUCCUGAUAUUUAUAUUGUGUGUAUGGAAAAACGAAACAAUAAUAAGUGUGCUGCGUUGAGCGUAAACCAAUUGUCCAACUUGAUGGUGGAGAUAAACAAAAGAAAAAAGAAAAUAAAUUUAGUUAACGUAUUAGUGUGAAGCGGAGAAUCACGAUGUAUAAAGAAUAAAAAAAAAAAAAAAAAA